CCUGGUCUCGUUAUUCAACUCCAUUCAACGGACUUGCGCAGAUCCUGCCUCCUUGUAACACCGGAUACCAAGGCGGCAGCCGUUUGGUUCAACGCACUCCACUCUGUUAUUAACACGCUUAAUCAGGCCUGUCUGGCUGAAUUGAAUCGUCUUCUUCCCCGGCACCAGACAGGUACUAUCCUCACCUAG